AUGUUUGUUUGGUUUUUUAGCUUUCCCCGUUUUCAGGGACCAAAAUUCUUUUCUAAGAAAGCAUACACCGAAGGAAUUGUUAUUGUGACGUGUGAUAAUUGUAAGAAGCAUCACUUGAUUGCUGAUAAUUUGGGAUGGUUUCCGCAGUCCAAGGGUUUGCGAAACAUUGAGCAGAUACUCAGAGAGAAGGGCGAAGAAAUCCGAAAAGGCAUCGAUCUGAUUGAUUUUACCAAAUAA